ACAACACAGCGACACACAAUUCCCCGCAAACAGAUAAAUUGAACUCUCUCUCUCUCUUCUCUCUCUCUGGUUUUGUGGUUGCUUCGAAGCUCCAAUGGCUCGAAUAGGACUAUGCAGUCAGCUGCUUCCGUCUCUGCUCGUUCCUCUGAAGCAGAGGAACCAUCAACAGCUGAUGGGCGUCAUAGCCACCGGUUUCGGCAGAAGGCGGGGCUUCUCUGCUGGGUCCUCAUCAAAAAUUAGCAUGAGCCUCAAAGCCGGCAUCGUUGGCCUCCCAAAUGUCGGCAAGUCCACUCUCUUCAACGCCGUCGUUGAGAAUGGAAAGGCUCAAGCUGCCAACUUUCCUUUUUGUACUAUAGAGCCGAAUGUAGGAAUUGUCGCAGUUCCAGAUCCCCGUCUCAGUGUGCUUUCAGAUCUCAGCAAAUCUCAGAGGGCAGUUCCAGCAUCUAUAGAACUUGUAGAUAUUGCUGGCCUCGUCAAGGGUGCCAGUCAAGGGGAGGGGUUAGGGAAUAAAUUUUUAUCAAAUAUUCGCGAGGUGGACUCCAUACUUCAGGUCGUUCGCUGUUUUGAAGAUAACGAUGUUGUUCAUGUGAGUGGCAAAGUUGAUCCUAAGGCAGAUAUUGAUGUUAUCAACUUGGAGCUUAUUUUCUCAGAUCUAGACCAGAUUGAGAAGAGAAUGGAGAAGCUGAAAAAAGGAAAGGCAAAAGACUCACAAACCAAAGCUAAGGAGGAAACAGAAAGGUCCACCUUAGACAAAAUUCAGAAUGCACUGAUGGAUGGAAAACCAGCACGAUCAGUCGCUUUAACAGAUUUGGAAAAAGAUGCUGUGAAGCAUCUUUGCUUGCUUACAAUGAAACCUAUUAUAUAUGUUGCUAAUGUUGCAGAAUCUGAUCUAGCUGAACCUGAGCUUAAUCCUCACGUCAAAGAAGUGAUGAAUCUUGCUCCUGAGUUGCAAUCUGGAGUUGUGACUAUUUCUGCACAGGUUGAGUCUGAGCUCACUGAAUUACCAUAUGAAGAAAGAACAGAAUUUUUGGAAUCUCUUGGUGUUGGUGAAAGUGGUCUCGGAAACCUUAUCAGAGCAACAUAUAGCGUUUUGGGGCUACGUACUUACUUUACAUCCGGAGAGAAGGAAACAAAAGCAUGGACCAUACUUGCAGGAAUGACUGCACCCCAAGCUGCUGGGGUCAUACACUCUGACUUUGAGAAAGGUUUCAUUCGAGCUGAGACGGUGGCUUAUGAUGAUUUUGUCGCUGCUGGUUCGCUUGCUGCAGCAAGGGAAAGAGGAGUUUUGAGAUCUGAGGGCAAAGAUUACAUUGUACAAGAAGGAGACGUGAUGCUGUUUCGUUUUAACGUCUAACAAGCUCAUAUGGUUUCACGGAAACAGCUUUAUCUUUCGGGGGGCCAACUAGAUGCAGCUUACUUCACAAGAUGGACGACAUUGAUUUACAUUCAAGUCCUGAGUUUGGUAUGAUGAAGUAUUCUUUUGUUAUACGUCGAGAUUACCAAAUUUUGCUUGAAGAGUAAAUAGCUCAAUCGACUGUUGAUGUUUUGGAAACUAAGAUUUUGAAAUCCUAAUUAUUCAAGAAAGAAUAUGGAAAUUCAACAAUUAAGGGUGGAUCGAAUUUACUGGACUUCAUUGUAUUUUAGUAAACAUCAUUGCAUUCGUAAUCUUUAUAUAAAUAGGUGAUUCGGAGAAC